GACGCGCUGGGGGUCGUCCCGCUGGACCUCCCCAACUUGAGGUCCAAGUAUGGGACUCUGAGCUUCUGGGCUGUGCAAGGGCUGAAGCCCUUGACUCAGAUUGUUGCGGAUGCCAACAAUGGCGAGGGGGGCAGUUACGGUGAACUCUUGAUGGGUGCUCUCUCCGUCACGAUUGUGGCAGUCCUGGAGACGCUGAUCAGCGCCCAGAUCGCGAAGACCCGUUCAAAAAUGCCGUACGACGACGUGAAGGAGCUCCAGGGUCUGGCCUUGAGCCACUUUGCAUGUGGGAUCUGCGGCCUUAUGCCUCCCACCGGCGUCUUCGUACGCACCAGCGUGAACUUCUCCACCGGGGCCACUCAUAAGACGUCACAGUUCAUCCAAGGCUUAUUGGUCUUCGUGUUCGCUGCAGUUGCCAUGAAGUUCGUGUCCUACAUCCCCCAGGGCGGCAUUGCGGCCAUCCUUGUUAUGUCGUGCUUCCGCAUGGUGCCGUGGGGCUACGUGCAGAAGUUGUGGGACGAGCAGAAGUGGCACUUCGGGCUCCUCUGCGUGGUGGCUCUGGUGUGCUGGGUCGUCGACUCCGUGACUGGGCUCGUCGUUGGCACAAUGGUGGCCCUGCUCGUCACAGGAAAGGAGACCGCGCGCGGCCACGCAGAGAUCUCGAUCACGGCGGCAGGCAACAAGCGGCUCGCGGACGGGUCGCCCGAAAUGAUCUCGAUCGAUGCGCUCGCCGUCGACAAGGUGGAUCUGGCGCGCAGGGUGAAGGAGGACUCGGAGUCGGAGUCGGAGGAUGACUCUUCCGAGGAGUCGGAGCUGGAGUCGCAGCUGGCCAACACGAAGCCAAGCUACUCUCACAUGGCGUAUGCCCCGGAGUUUGACCAGUUCAGUCGACAGGAGAGCGAUCAGUUCGGUCGGCAGGAGAGCGUGACACCAGAACUGUUCGCACGCGAGGGCAAGGAGCGUCUCACGCCAACGGUUCGUGGUGAUCGCGUCUUCCUCUACAAGUUCCUCGGGCAGUUGGACUUCUUGGCAGGGGACCGGCACGUGGAUCGCGUCCAAGGCAUUCUCAAGUCCGGCCCCAAGGCAGUGGUGCUUGCCAUGCAGAACGUACCGUGGGUGGAUCCCGACGGCUUGGAGGCCUUGCGGGACAUCGUUAUGAUGCUCGACGGAAACAGUGUGCAGGUCUACUUGGCUUGCCCCCGCCCCAAAGUCACGGAGGCUUUGGAGAAGGAGGCGUGGUACCACGAGAAGAUCGGCAGCGGCCAGUUUGUCUUCCCCACGGAGAAGUCUGCUCUUGUCUCCGCGGUCGGGAAGCCCCUGGACGGGCAGAUCGGUUCCCCAAAUCCCAGGUUGGUGGGUGCCUGA